CAAGUCAAUAAAAACCUCAAUUGUGCCAAUAAAAGGCUUUCAUUGUUCUUCACUGACAAGUUACAUUUUACUACCCUUUCCUGAAGUGUAUUGCCCCAUGUUUCAUAAUCAGACUGCAACGUUUUUAUCUGAUGUGGGACGUUAAAGUGUGUUGGCUCUUCUUUGGUUUUGAAUAAAAAAUGGGGGAUUGGCUGCUACUUGAGUGUCCCAAGAGUUUCCUGGAAGCUCAAUAACAACACGCUCUGUAUUAGCUUUAUAUGAGAUAAAGAGUUGUGGAGGACUGCCAAGAAGAAAGGCUCUCGAGGUUCGGCCAAUAAGAAGCAGAGCGGUCAUGUAACGCGAUGGUUUUUGGCAAAUGCACAAAAAGGAGGGGGAGAGACCUGCGCACAAAGCAGCACUUGGAGUCAUCACUGUGUCUAUUUCCUGCUUUUCAAAUCCAUCACAUUAAACAGAUAUAUCAACAUCUAAAAAUCAGUGACUCGACAAGCAAUGCUGGACUGUCAUGCUAGAAAUGUGGAACUUGCAAGCUCAGCCUUUCUUUCUAACGGACAGUAUUUACAUUCUGCUGCAGUUCAUCAGCCAUAUAGAGAGGCUCAACAAUGUUUAAAAAACAUAUGGAACGAAGGAUGAGAAACCUACUUUAUUCCAGGAGAGGCAUUAGGACUGGUGGGGCUCAAUGGAGCUGGUAAAAGCACAGCUAUACAUAUGAUCACUGGAGAGACCACGCUGAGCACUGGACAGGUGUUCUUGGAGCUCUCCCUGGAGCAAGAGAAACACGACUUUGAUAUGGAGUUGGAUGAAAACAUGAAUUCAAACAACUUCAGUGAGAAGAGCCCUCAAGGUAUUAACACACAAAUCCCCAAGUUUACCAAUGGGCUUCAAAAAGGAUGCAGGUUUGGAGUGGUUUCCUUGAAUGGAAUAUAUCUUGAGUCCUUACUGUGGUCUCAUUUAAAUAUAUCCUCAGAUUCUACCAUCUGCCUGAGGCUGCUGUUCAGGUCACAAAAAUCAGUAGAGUUUUGUCAAUUGAGCAACUCCAGUGUAUGCCAUCUGAGAAACUGCCCUCCAUGUGAGCUGUGCAGCACAUAUAUCAUGCUUGACAUUGCCCAGGAGCACAUAAGGAACCAGUCAAACGAGUCUUUGAAUCAUUAGCAAUUACCUUUUUGUAUGAGAGAGGUCCCAGGUUACUUGAAAAAGGGCAACACAGAGUCUGUCUUUGGAAAGACUCCAGGGGAGUGAUCAGUCUGUCUUACUACAACACUUGAAAAGUUAAUUUGCCAUGUCCAAUCUCGUGUUUAUGAAUUUUGUAGACAACAAAGUUAGGAAAGGCACCAGUCAUUUUUGUGAACAGGGAAUCUAGAUUAUCUCCAGACUAUGGUAAUGUACUGGUGGGUGAAAAUCAGGGAAGAGAGUCCCAACGCACGUUUUCCUCUUCAUCUUCUAAUCACGUUAGAGAAUGUGGACCAAUAUUUUGAUCUUCUCUGCUCAGUUCCUGUGAAAUGACACAAAUAAAAUUAUUCGGCUUAAAAGCAUCCUUACAUUCAAAUACAGUUUUUGCUCUGUUACUGUACUCUGCCAAUAAAAGUCAGCUGCCGUUCUUCAGACUAUCACUGCUCUUUGAAUAACUGGUUUUUCAAGUGUGUCACAUCUCUCUGAUGUCUAAGGCCCACCUUCCAGAUUAGGGGUGCAAGGGCUGUCAUUCCCCCUGUUGAGUAGCUAGUUAAAUUAUGCGAAUUGGGUCCUACCUGGGUUACCAAUCUGCUGACCAAAAGGCUAAUCAGCAAUUAAAUUUAUGAUUGGGGCAGACAUGGGUGUGGGCCAUCUAUCAGACCCUAAUAAUAGUAGGUAAAAUCCCUAAAUAAAACCCACUUCCCCACAGCAGUGGGGGAAAGGGAUAUUUAUUAAAAGGGACAGCAGCAAAGCAACAAUACCAACAGCAAUAACUACAAUCAGGAUGAGCUGUUGGCUCUCCCAGGCCGUCCAUCUCCAACAGCCUCUCGCUGCUAGGCUAAGGGCAGCACUGUGUGUGGUCGCUUCCACCCUACCACCUGCAGGAUUUUGGCUGGAGACCUGGUCCAUAGAUGCCAAAGAUCCUAUUACCAACUCCCAGCUCUCAGGACCUAAUCUCAGGCAUUUUAUGCACGAGGUACUUUCUCAAUACAAAACCCAGUCUCUCUCCUUUGUGGUCUUUCCUACACUCGUUCUCAGGUGGGCUUAUAUGUGCUGAUAGCCCAGGCCUCCACAGAAGAGAAAAGCCAGACCAUACCUAGGCCUGACACCCCAACUUGCCAGCCCUCACACUUAGCCCGCUGUGUGAAUGUUGAGCUGCUUGCUUGCAGUCUGAUGCUUUAAGUGAAGAAAGUCCUGAAAGUUCACGUUUGUCAUCUGCAACACCUGGCCAUCCCCUUUAUCUCAUUUGGCCUUUGGUUACAGUUUUUCAACACCAGUGGUGAGCAAGGGUCCAGGGCCUUUCAUUUGGCAACACCUCCUGUCAUGGCAGCAUCUUGCCCCAGCUCUGUUCUUUGCAGCCAGAGUCUCAAGACCACCCGACUUCAUUGUAGACCUCGCCCCACUGCUUUUACUGAGCACCCCACACAGAUGAGCCCAUGCCACUCUCAGACUACCAGUCAGUGUGCUCACCCUCUUGGGGUCCAUGGCUUUGCUCUGUGCUCCUCCAGUCAGAAACUCUUGGACAACCAACAUCCGUCCAUGCUGAGCUUCUGGAGAUUAGAAUUCCUGGGAGUCCUUGCUACAGCUUGGACCCUGUCUGCACAGGAAAACAGGAUUGCUAAGACUUUAUAAAUUUACUGCAAUUUGCCUGCGACACAGGCAUGACUGCAGCUCUCUUCCCCCACUUAAGCAAAGCUCUUCCAGCCUCUCUUACAGUAUAAACUUCACGGCACUUUCUGCUGUCCGUGCAUGUAAUUGAACCUGGCUGUGUUUCUACUAUAGGCCUCAAGAACCUGGUUGCUGUUCUAUAGCUGACAUUAGAAAAGCUCUCUGUUCAAAAUGUCCUGAACUAGAAAUCAAGUGUUCCUAUGACCCCUGCUCUAUAUCCAACUACUGAGAAGUGAGGGAUACUUCUGCUAUUUAGAAGCUAUUUUCUAGAUAAUAUUUUGCAAACAACACUAUUGACCUGCAUAGAUAAUGGAGCUUACAUUUGCUUUCCUGUUUACCUACGUUAUCUUGCUGUUUCAUUCCCUUUGAAGUCAGUAGGACUCCUGCACCAAUAAGUGAAUUUAUAAGAGGCAGACAAGGUUCUUUGGGUACAUGUGGUAUCUUUUAUUAGAUCAAAAAAUAGUUAGAAACAUUGUGCCUGAAAGCUUGUAAAGAACAAACACACUUCUUCUGGCAUAGGGAGAGUCUGCUGGUGUUUAUAUGCUUUCCUGGGUGGAACAGAAGCUUAAACCAAUAUACACGAUCAGAUUUAUGAAGUGAAGUUCGUCGGCUCAUCUAUGAAAGGGUUUCCCCUCAAUGACACCAAAAGGACAAAGACUGAAGAGACCAGAGCAUUUGUUAGCAUGGGUAGAAUUAAGAACAAUCUGAACCUGUCGUGCUUGCGAAUGGUUAACUUGAAAAAUCACAAGCAUAAAAGAGAACAGGGUCAUGGCUGUGUGCUUGGCAUUGCAUGCAGAUAAUCCCCACAUGUCCAGUCAGCAACAUCUGGACGCAGUGAUUUCCAGAGGAAGGUGAACAAACUGUCCACACGCCACAUUGUGCAACUGGAAGGAAAAAAAUAAGCUUUCCUGACUUCUUCACAUGCCCAGCUGAAGCCCUGAAGCAUGAGAUUUAGUUAGGAUCAUUGUCUAAAUGUAGGUCUGAAUGGGAUUUCUUCACUUCCCCACUGCUUCGAGGAACGUUACCAAGGGAUUUCAAUUCUUUCUUCCUCCAUGAAGUGGGUGUAAUACUUCCUUUGUGAAGUGCUUUAUGAUUUUUCUACAAAAGGACUGCAAAUCGAAACAGAUAUUGUUCUUUUCUCAGUUUUGUUUUAUCAGAAGGUGCACGCUUUUCUUUUUCUCUCUGAAUCCAGACAUGCAGGAACUUCGGAGAAAAAGGAGCUUGUAUCAGCAAACUAAAGUUCUCCUAUGGAAAAAUUUAUUUAUCAAAUGAAGGAUGAAAAAACAGAGCCUGCAAGUGAGUGCAAAAAUCAAAUUGGGAAAAAAAGGAAAGAGCCAGGGUGUUUCUUCCAUGUGCAGAUCAAAAUUAGAAGCAUUUUCUAUGCCCCAGUAGGAGGUGACAUUCACCUGUGGUUAAGGCUUUUUUUAAUGGAUCAUAGCUCUUUCUUGCGUACAUGCCGCAGAUACUUGGUAGCACUUCAAAAACAGAGCACUAUGAGGGCGUGCACACGUGCAGUCACCUACCAGGUUGCCUCAGAGGUGCACUCCCCAGGUAGGAGGCAACCAGGGCUGCCCCUAGUGCCCUCUUCCCCAGGCAGACUCUGAUCAGUUGUUGGCCCUGCGGCAGCAGUUGGCCAGGCCGCCUUCCCUCCACCUGCUUGGCAGACAGGUGACAAUCGGCUGUCACCAUGCCACCGGCAGCUUGACCUUUGGUGGUAUUGCUUCUUGUAUUUGGAUUCCUGUGCCUCAGAUUUGAACUCAUUACUAAGGCUGCUUGCUGUUGCUGCAUGAAGUUAAAGUAAGUUGGACUUCCACAAGGGAACCUGGGGAAAAUUGUACCAUUGCUUAAAAAAAAAUAAACGACCCAAUCAACAUCUAUUGAAGUUGGAAUACCUGGAGGGAUUUAUAAAAAGGGGAGCACUGACCUUCGGCUCAUUUUGCCAAUGACGAUUUGAACUGAGAAACCGUGACUCUAUGGGUACGCCUGCACAGGAAAGGUCGUUGUGAUGAGUGAGGCUGUGAAUAUUCAGUAACGGGAUCCUACAAAGCAUUAUACACUGCUGUAUUUCUUGAUUUUUUCAAAUGAAUUUCCUCAGACAUGAAAUGCUGCUCUUAAGCCUUUUUACAGGGGAUUAGUGAUUCCAGUUGUGAAAGUGCACUUGGCCUGUUCUCAAAGUGAUGAGCUUCGUUUGUUACUUUCCUAGUAUUCGACUUAGUUUCUUAUAUCAUUGCUUGCUAUUCAAAUAUAGUGCUUAGAAAAGAAAGAAUUCAUAAAUAUUCGAUAUAAUUCAAAUGUAAUUCAAAAUAUGCAUAAAUAAUAAAUAAUGCCAAACAAAUUCACAGUCUUACAAAAGUUUCAAGUUUGAGGAAAAAAUUUUCUCUGAAAUUUGGAGCUACCAUCUCUAAUGCUCAAGCAAUAAGGGAGAGAGCACUCUUUCAAAAUGUUGUACCAUAUUCCUUCUUAUCCCCUUUUUCCCUCUAUUCAAGAAUUGAUCUUGUCUCUGCUUUUUCUCUUCCUGCUGUACUUCACAGAUAAAAGUACUUUUGAUCCAUACUGUCAAGAUGUACCUUAUGCUUCCCUUGGGCAACUAGAUGACCUGACUUUUAAUACUACAUCGGCCAAUGUUGUUUAUACACCAGCGAACAGUACCACAAGGCUUAUAAUGAAAAAGGUGGCUUCCAAAUCUCUCCUGGCUGGUACAUCAUGUCUAUCGAUGUUUACGGUUGUUAUUCUGUUACCUAUGGCGUUCUUGGACCUUUCCCGAGAGCAAGCGAAGGACAACUUUGAUCUGGCUUUGGAUGGAAAUUAUGGUUGGAAACAAUCAGGAAGAGCCAUAAAAAUAUUAAUUCCUUUCAUUUAUGAUUUAAUCAGUAUUUUUAAUCUUCAUAAUUUGACAGCAUGUAUAUUUUCUAUCAGUUGAAUGUGAUCACGUCAGUAGCAAGAUGUCUGGCCUGUAGCGCUGCAGCUUUCAUAUUUUUGGGAGAGAAAAUAUCUUUCCCAAAUGUAUGUUCUCUUUUCAUGGAAGUUUGUCUUUAAUAGGUUAAAUAUGUGGAUAUUCUUAAGAUAAAUAGCUUUGAAUAUCCUAAGUAGCAAAUGAAGAACAAGUCAGCAAAAAUACAGGUGGGCUCUGAAGAGGAUAUGGGUUUGGAUGAAUGAAACCAAGAACAGAAAAGGAAGACCUUUUUAGGGCCUUAUUUAAAAACAUUCCCAAUCUCCACCAUCCAAAUGUGAUUCUGAGCCUGAAUUGUUAAUUAGUGGAGCUCUGUCAAUAGAACAACUCCAGUAUACUCACACUUGAGAAACUGCCCUCCAUUUUUAUAAGUAGUAUGCAAACUGUGCAACCCAUAUGUUGUGCUUGAUUUGACCCUGGGGCAUUUAAAUAACUAGUCAAAGAAGCAUCUGUAUCAUUAGCAAUUGCAUUUGAGAAUUGAUAGAGCACAAAGGAGGUCCUAAACAACUAGAGAGGAGCAAUACAGUACCUAUCUUUAUGAAGUAAGGGAAAGGAAGACUCUAGGAUUCAUAGAUCUCUCUUUCUAUCUGCAAUAGCUGAAUCUUAUUAUUAUAAAGUCAGUUUGCCAAGACCAAACUGUUACGCUUAUGAAUUUUGUGGAUAACAAGCUGAGAGAGGUAACAGACAUUUUUGUCAAUAGGAUUAUCCCCAGACUAUUGUAUCAUACAUCAUGCCACUCGACUUGGCACUGGUGAGACCUCACCUGGGCCCCACACUUCAAGAAGGAUAUGAACAGAUUGGAAAAUUCCAGCGGAGAGUGACAAAAAUGAUUAGAGGUCCAUGAAGCAUGACUUAUGAAGAAAAGCUGAAAAGCUGAACUAGUGUUAUUUAGUUUGGAGAAGAGAAGACUGGAGAGCAGGGGGGGUUGGAAUUUGAUACGAGACUUCAAAUACCUGUAGGGCGGUUAUAAAGAGGGUGGAGACUGGCUUUUCUCUGUGGUCAUAAGAGACAGAACAAGGAGUGAUGGCCUCAAGCUGCAGCAGGGGAAAUUAUGAAACUUUUUGGUGAUGAGGGUGGUCAAGCAUUGCAACAGGCGACCUAGAGAAGCUGUGGGAUUUCCAUCCAUGGAAAUUUAAGAGCAGGUUAGGCAGCCCCUUGGCUGGGAUGGUUGAGUCAGGGAAGUUCCUGCUAAUGACCUCACGAGGUCCCUUCCAACACUACUUUACUAUGAACUUACACGAAUAUAGCCAUACUGGUUGUGUAAGCCUCUUAGAUGGCCAGUAUGUAAAGUUUGUAAAGAUUUUGUCAUUGGCUAGGAGGCAUCUGCCUGAAAGAAAGAAACUCUAUAUUCACAGAACAGGUUGAGUGUAAGGGUUGGCAAGUUGAGGGGGGGGAUGUCCUCUGUAAUCCUCAGCUGGACGGUGGGUCUUAGAAAUCAUUGAGACUCAGCACACUUCAACAUGAAGUCAUUUCAAAGGGCAACUAUGGUUUCAAUAAAAAAGCAGGUUUUUACUGGCUGAAUACAAAAAUAAAUGGAAAACUGUAUUUUAAUAUAAAUAUGCGAUAGGCCAAUAUUUCUAUGCAUGCCACUUUAUGAGAUCUGAUUAGAGAAUAUCCAAAUAUUGGUCCAGAUUAUCCAUUUGCAGAGAAAGAGUCAAUUGGCAGUACACUGGCUCUCUUCCCUAGUUCUGGCCCGCCUCGGACCCAGGCUGGUUUACUCUGUCCGGUUGGCCAAAAACAUUGCCAACUGCUGUUGCACAGAAGUGCAAACGUACUGAAGCGAAAACUAAUAUUAUCUUGCAUUUGGUCACGUGAAACAACUUCCUGAUUUCAGUCCGUGCAGUUUUCCAGAGGAACGGCCUUACAGUUUUUAUCCUCAAGGAAUAUGAACCACAAAACUGAAUAAUGAUUAUGAACAAGGUCACUGUUUACAUUUUUUAAGUUUGUUGUUUUUAUUCUCAAACCUCUGGAUUUUAGACUUGACUUUGCCAUAUGAAUAUAUAUCUAUUUAUCUCAAAAAGCAAGCAUCCAAGGUUCCAGCAGUACUAUAGUUACCAUGUACACCUUUCUCCCUAAAAGCAGCCUCCCAAAAUUGGGCUGUGUGCGUCUUAAGUAGGGAAGCUGAUUCUUCUUUGCUGGAGUAGAAGAAAGCCUGGAGACACCAGUAAGCUGCCAAGACAGCUUUCAUUUGUCUAUGGCUCAUCAAGAAGGGGCAUGAUCCUACACUAACCACCUCACAGCCAUAGCUGUUGGCUGCGUGCUAUAGCUUGUGCCUGAAACAGCAAGGGAGCUCUUGUAUGCAGUCUCUGUCUUGAUGAGACUUGUGGUGCAGAAACAGACCUUUCUUUAUACAAGUUCCUGUAAAGACCUAUUUACAAUAAAGAUGUAACAGAAUUGUUAUUGCCCCCUUGCCCCCCAAGGGUCUGAAGCCUAACCUUGUGUGGCACAGGGUAUGUCCUCCUAGAAACAUAAAGUGUCCAGAAAGUGUGUCAUCCCACAAGGCAAUCUGGGUGAGGCAGCCAGAAGUUCCCAGGACAUCCUGUGUUUCCAAAAGGACUUACUCUGUCGCAUAAUCAGCCAUGACUCUGGGACAAAUCUUUUUUUUGCUCCAUUCUGCCUUCCAAAUACAAGGUAGGUGUCUUAUUUGGGUGUGAUAUGUAAGACAACAUGGCCUUAAACAUUACAACAAAAUAUACUGCAUUGCAAACCUGUUAAGAGAUAUGAGCAUUGAUGAGGUGGAAAUUUGUUCGUUCAAAAUUAUCAGCUGUCUCUGUUGCUCAUAUGAUAAUCAGAAAGAUCAUGUUCUCUUUCAGAUAGUGAUACUAUGUUCUCUUCUCAUUUCCUUUUCCUCUAUUAUCCAAGAGUGGAUCCUGCCACUACUUUUUCUUUGCCUGGUGUACUUGGUAGUAUUACGUCCUUCACACGAUUGCUGGGGCCCUUCAGGCUUGGGGUUUGGCCUUUGUGCUUAGCUUAAGCUGUGUGCUUAGCUUGAACUGUGGUCAAAACAUGCACCCAGUGAAAAGGAGCAGAUGGAAAAGUACUGUUUCCUAUUUGGCAGACAUAAGCAAGUUUAUUAAUAAGCAGUAAGGUGAAGGCUUACGCUAAUUUUAUGUAAUGAGAAUUGCAAGGUAUCUGGUAUAUCAAGAGAGAUGAGAGAGCGUACCCUUCGCAACCUGCCCCUGAAAGAGCCGGUCACUGAUCCAAGAUUCAGAACUGGGACAAAGGAGUCGGGAAGCCCAGACGUGACCUGGCCCGGCCAUCCAGUGAUGUUAUGUUCAUUAUAUCUUGGGGUGGUGAACAUGUUGUAUUGCUCUUGACUAACUCCAGUAAUAGACUUGUAACAGCUAAAGGCUGAAUAAAUGUAGUAUUGUUUUAUAAGCAGGGAUCUGCAAUCAAAAUGAAACACCCUAAUGUGUUUCAUUUUGAUCAUGAAAAAAUGUGCAAUUUGGGUUAAUUUUUUCCUCCAAAAAAAUUGUUUUUAUCAUAGAAAACCAGGAUCCCUAUUUAUGAGCAACCGUGUCCUAAUCUUGGAAUUAACAUCUGGAACAAGGCCCAAAAUAAUGAUACUGGACGUAACAGGAUGAAACGCCAGAUGCUUUUCUUAGACCACCAGAAUCUCCAUGAUGUCUGAAUGUAUGCCAUCUAAUUCAGGAGCAUAAGGGAGGUUUUCCCCUUGCUUGCCAUCCUGGCAAACUCUCAACCCAUUUUCUGAAUGUCAAGCUAUUUUCUCCCGGGCUGAUGCCUCCUGGCACAUGACAAACAAUCCUGCAAACUCAGUUCCACUAUCUGUGACAUCCAUGCCUUUGGUGAUGUGUAUGCAGCACUUCUGCACAUAAGUCAAUAGUUGUGGUUUGUCUGUGACCUGUGAAUGGAUGCGAUGUCUAAAAUGUACGUCUGAAUAGCCUGGGUCCCUCCCUGAUUUUUUUUUUUACUGAAAAAAUAAGCAUUCACCAUAAAGAUAAAAGAAGACUCCUGCUUUUGCUUUUCUAUCUAGAGUAAAAAAUGCAGACACUUCGGAGAAAGAAGAGCAUGUACCAGCAAACUAAAGUUCUCUUAUGGAAAAAUGUGCUUAUCAAAUGGAGGAUGAAGAAAAAAAGCUGUCAGGAAUGGAUCCUCUCAUUACUUUUCCUUCCUGUUGUGUACCUAGUAACAUUGUACUAUUCUCCUCCAAUUGAUGAAAUACCUCACGCUUUCCUCGGACACUUAGAUGAUCCUGUCUUCAGUGCUACUGGGGUUACAGUUGCCUAUACCCCAGUGACAAACACUACGAGACAAAUAAUGAAUAAGGUGGCAUUUGACUCUGUCAUGAAAGGUAUAACAACAGAAGCGGUAGAAGAUGAAAAAGCCCUGGAAACGGCAUGGGCUGAGAAUGAAAGCAUUGUAGGGGUUAUAUUUGAAGAUGACUUUUCCUAUCGCCUGAGGUUUGCUCCCAGAUAUGUGGCUAUUCCAAAUGAAAACUUGGGGGACAUAGAUUCCUGUUACAAUUUUUCUGAAAGUUACUGUGAAAGCCCAAGAUACUGGUACAACGGAUUUGUGUCUUUGCAGUCCAGCAUUGAUGCCGCCAUCAUAGAAGGCACAACAAGUCAUUCUGUCUGGGAAGAAAUGAAAUCCAUUGCUGGUGUCCGUAUGAGAUCAUUAAACAUCACGCCUACAAUAACAGUGGAGUAUUCAUUUAUCUUGAUUACUCUUGUAAUGUGUUUCUCUCCCUUUAUGCACUUUUUGGCACUAAAUAUGACAAGCGAAAAAAGAAAGCACAAGGAAUUGAUGAAGAUGAUGGGGCUGCAGGACUCGGCAUUCUGGCUCUCCUGGAGUUUGCUGUAUGCCAUCAAUAUUUCGAUUAUGUCCUGUGCAUUGACAGCUAUCUUUUUUAGUGAGUUUUUCCUCAUGAGCAGUUUCUCUGCUGUCUGGCUUCUGUUUUUCCUUUAUGGCAUCUCAUCCAUCCACUUCGUCUUCCUGCUCAGUUCCCUCUUAAAGAAACAUAAAACCACUGCCAACGUUGGGUUCCUCCUCACUUUCGCCUUUGGAUUCCUGAGUCUUAUUGUACUGCUGACAAAACUCCCCGCACCUUUGGAGAUUGCUUUGGGACUCCUCUGCCCCUUUGCUUUUAAUGUGGGAUUUGCAAAGAUUUUUCAUUUAGAAAAAUAUGGAAUAGGUUUCUCUUUUUCUAACUUGAUGGAGGAAUCACACUUUUUAUUGAAAAUUUACAUAAUACUGAUUCUUGAUGCCAUUUUGUAUAUGGUGCUGGCUAUCUAUUUUGACAAAGUUUUGCCUGACAAAUAUGGAAUACCAUAUCCCCCUUUAUUCUUCCUGAAAUCAUCGUACUGGUCCAAAAGCAGGAGAGAUUACACUGGUGAGAGACCUGAGAUUGAACAGAACCGGGAACGUAUCUUUAACGAUAAUAUGGAGCGAGUGCCUCCAGAAUUUGUUGGGAAGGAAGCUAUCAGACUCAACAAUAUUAAAAAAAUAUAUGGAAAGAAGGACCAGAAAGCAGAAGCUCUCAGAGGUUUGUUCUUGAAUAUUUAUGAAGGCCAAAUCACUGCAUUGCUGGGUCAUAGCGGAGCUGGAAAAACUACGUUGCUAAAUGUGCUGAGUGGAUUUAUCAAGGCUUCAGAUGGUUCAGCCACCAUAUACAACUACCACUUGUCUGAAAUAGGAGACAGAGAGAGAAUAAGAGAGAGGAUUGGGUUCUGUCCACAAUUCAACAUUCAGUUUGAAGUUUUAACGGUGAAAGAAAAUUUGCAAAUUGUUGCUGGAAUCAAAGGGAUCCAGUCCAGUGAGGCCAAACGCGAGGUGCAAAAUAUUUUGACGUUGUUGGAUAUGACCAGCAUUCAGGACAUUCAAGCUGAUAAACUGAGUGGCGGGCAAAAAAGAAAAUUGUCUCUUGGGAUUGCCAUGUUAGGAGAUCCACAGGUUUUGCUUCUAGACGAGCCAACUGCUGGGCUAGAUCCAUGUUCUAGGCAUCAGGUGUGGACCCUGCUGAAGGAAUAUAAACCUGGUCGAGUGACUCUGUUCAGCACCCAGUUCAUGGAUGAGGCUGAUGUCCUAGCUGACCGCAAGGCUUUUAUCUCCUGUGGAAGGAUAAAGUGUGUUGGCUCAUCUCUCUUUCUAAAGAAAAAAUGGGGGAUUGGCUAUCACUUAAGGAUGCACGUCAGUGAGCACUGUGACUCUGAGAGGAUGUCAUCUCUGGUCAGAGAGUAUGUGCCUAAUGCCACAUUCUCAGGACAGAGUGAAAAUGAACUAAGGUAUAUUCUGCCAAUGGAAAAUGUGGAUAAAUUUCCAGAUCUGUUCUGUAGCUUAGACAGCCAUUCUGAUGAAGGAAUUGUUAAUUAUGGAGUUACCAUGACAACCCUGGAAGAUGUCUUCAUGAAACUGGAAGGUGAAGAUCAAGAAGGAGAUGUGCAGGCAGAAGAGGAAAGAGAGACUUUCUCUGCUGAUGAAGUGGAAGAAGGUCUUCUGUCGUUCUCAGACAUGGGAAAAGCAAUUGUAAGCGGCACAACUCUCUGGAAGCAACAAGUCUGUGCCAUAGCACGAAUGCGCAUCCUAAAGCUUAAGAAGGCAUAUAAAACCUUGCGGAACCUAUUACUUCUCUAUCUGACUUUUAUGCUCCCUCUGAUUUUGGAACUGAUCUUCAUAGAGGUGUGGCACGUAAUAAAUUCUUGGGAAUUGACUUCUGGUCUGUAUUUCCUUCCUGUUGGAAAGAAGUCUGACAAGGAAUACAUGAACCUCCUAGUCCUCAAUGAAACAGGCUCCAGCAUUGAGAACUUUGUCCGUGCUGUAGAGAAACAGAAAAUAAUGUUGGAUGUAACUACUGGAAAAAAUAUCACAGAGGAGUUAAUACACAGUGGGGCUAUAAAAGUAUCUCUUGAGGACCAGAGCUACAGGUUUACAAUAAUGUGUCACAUGGAGGUAACCAACUGCUUCCCCAUGCUUGUGAACAUCAUUAGCAAUGCGCUGCUGGGAACCUUCAAUUCCACUGAGCAUAUCCGCAUCUGGAAUCAACCUUUUUCUAAUAAACAUGGAGGAAUGUUCUGGAAUUAUUUUUUCCUGAACUACCUUUUCUUUUGGUUGGUUUUAUUUCCUGCUUUCCCACCUUACUUUGCGACGAACCACGUAGAGGAUUACAAGAGGAAAGCUCAUUCUCAGCUGCGUGUCUCUGGGCUCAUCCCAUCAGCUUACUGGUGUGGGCAGGCACUGGUGGACAUUCCUCUGGCCUGGAUCCUUCUUAUCCCCAUGUAUGGGAUACUGCUUUCACUGAGUUCUCAAACUCAGGGGUAUCCUGGUACCCUGCUCAUUUUGUUUAUAGGACUUUUUGGAUAUGGAGCUUCUAUCGUCCUGUUCCUUUAUUUAAUUGCCUUCAUAUUUCGCAAGGGGUGCAGCAGCCAUAUUUUGUCCUUUUCUCUCGUAAUGGUAACCUUUGCUGUCUACCUCUUUGGUUUAUUCAUGUUUUAUGCUGAAGGUGGAAUUACUCAUUACGUUCUGUCCAUUUUCCUUCCUGUAUAUCCAUUAUUUGGCCUUUGCAUCACAACUUUAUAUGCUGUUGUAGACUUUCCUCAACCCCUUUUUCCAACCGGCUGGUCGGAAAUACUGAUAUCUGUGUUUGGACCUUACAUCCAGUGUGUGGCUUUCGUUUUUCUUCUUCGAUAUUUGGAAAUGAAAUAUGGAAGAGUGGUUUUGAGAAAGGAUCCGAUUUUUAGACUCUCCCCAGGGAAAGAGCCUUGCCAUCAGAAUCCUGACGAACCAGAAGAGGAGGAUGAAGAUGUUCAAGCGGAAAGGGAAAGAGUAAGGCAGGCAAUAGCAUCUCAGAAUCAGAAGGAGAAGCCAGUUGUUAUUGUCAGCAAUCUGCGCAAGGAAUAUAAGGUCAAGAAAGCCAAUGCUGUUUUUAAGAAAAAGAAGAAAGUGGCCACCAAAAAUGUCUCUUUCUGUGUUAGAAGAGGAGAGGUAUUAGGACUGCUGGGACCCAACGGAGCUGGAAAAAGUACAACCAUAAAUAUGAUCACGGGAGACACCGCACUGAGCGCCGGGCAGGUGCUGGCGAAGGGGAAGGAUGCAGCUGGAUCUCAACUGGAAGCCAGCAUCCCUGGCUUCCUGGGCUACUGCCCUCAGGGGAACCCUCUCUGGCCAACCUUGACUGUGCAGGAGCAUCUGGAGGUUUAUGCGGCUGUGAAAGGGCUGAGGAAAGAAGAUGCUGCUGUCGCCAUCAGUCGGAUGGUGAAGGCUCUAGAGCUCCAGGAGCAUUUAAAAAAAGAAACCAGGACAUUAUCCGCUGGCAUAACAAGAAAGCUGUGUUUCAUCCUGAGCAUGCUGGGUAACCCAACAGUUAUGCUCUUGGAUGAGCCAACCACUGGAAUGGACCCUAAAGGCCAACGUCAAGUGUGGAAAGCAAUUCAUGCUGCACUGAAGAACAAGGAGCAAGGGGCUAUUUUGACAACCCACUACAUGGAGGAGGCUGAGGCAGUGUGUGACCGGGUGGCCAUCAUGGUGGCUGGAGAGCUCCGGUGCAUUGGCCCCAUUCAGUACCUGAAAAACAAGUUUGGCAAAGGUUACCUACUGGAAAUUAAAGUGAAGGACCCCGAGCAAGUCGAUGAACUCCAUGCCAAAAUGCUGACGAUCUUCCCACAAGCAGCUCGUCAAGAGCGGUUUCCUUCUUUGCUGGUCUACAAGAUACCAAUGGAAGAUGCUCUUCCUCUGUCCCAGGCUUUCUCCAAGCUUGAGGCAGCCAAACAAACCUUCGGCUUCGAGGAGUACAGCUUCUCUUUGAACACCUUGAUGCAGGUGUUCUUGGACCUGUCUCGAGAGCAAGAGAAGGAAAAUUUUGAUCUGGCAUUGGAUGGAAAUUAUGAAUGGAAACAACUUCAGCCAGAAGACAUUUAGCCACGUUAAAACGUUUCCUAUUUAAUCAAUUUUAAUCUUUAAGGUUUGACUGUCUAUCAGUAUAAUAUGGUUAUCAGUGCAGCAGGUAUUGCAGCUUCUGUACUUUGGACAAAAGAAUUAUUUUUUUCUAAUUUAGGUUUUCCUUUUAAGGAAAGAACAUUUUGAAAUAAUAGAAGUGUUACUGUUCUCAGGAUGACAUGGUUUGCAUAAAAGAGAUAGUAAAGAAUACAUAGGAAAUGAAAAACAAAUUUUACAGAUGGAAUUGGAAUAAAAUAUGAAAUAAAACAAUGGAAAUGAAAAGAUACCUCUCUGAAGAGAUAGCCUUGUAGUAUAAUUAAGUGCAUCCUCAAUCACACCCUCCAAAGGAUACUUUAGGCCUACAGAUCAUAAAUCUGCAUGCCUCAUCAACAGCAGAAUUUCCCUUUACUCCAUCAAAAGAUCUGCCCUUCAAUCUGACAAGCAUCAUAUUAACCUUAGAGAGCCUAUGUCAUGUUUGACAUUACCAUAACAUUUCUAAGAAGCCAUCUCUGAACCAUUAGCUAUUAUUUUUUAAAGCUCCUGGAGGACCAGGAGAAGUCCUAGAUACCUAGAAAAGGGCAAACAGAAUACCUGUUUUUAAAAAAAAUUAAAAAAGAAAACUUAGGAAAUUACAGGAACAAAUUAUUAUAUGAGAACAAAUUAUUUUUAAAAUAUGAUAAUGAGCUCAAACAAGCAACAUGUAUUUGUCGAGACCAAAUUGUGUUGAAUUCAUCUAAUUUCCUCCUUUGACAGGGUAAUAGACCUAGUGGAUAAGGGAGACGCAGUAGAUGUGAGAGAUCUUGCCUUUAGCAUGGUUUUUUUCCAGAUUCCAGAUGACAUUCGUAUAAGUAAACUAUGGUAAUAUGGUCUCAGAGAAAUCAUUUUGAGGUAGAUGCACAACCAAUGGAAAAAAACUCACUCAAAACACCUCUUUAUGGUUCAGUAUCAAACUCAGAAGACAUUUUAGUGGAGUCCUACAAGGGUUGUCCUGGGCCGAGUACUACUCAAUAUUUCCAUUAAUGACUUGAAUGAAAAAGAGUCCACUUAUGACAUUUGUGGAUUAUCAAUGGAGAGUUGGCAAUCAUUAUGGAAGACAGGAUAAGCCCCAGGCUAUCCUGACAUGGGCCUGGGCCAGAGCUAGGGAAGUGAAUCAGGAAGCCAUACCUUCGUUUGUAAUGGUGCCUACAAUAUGCACACUUUUCUGUGCUCAGUGGAAACUAAGUAUAUCAGAGAUCCUGUACGAAUAUUUUAAUAUUUUCUGUUUGUUUCCCACUAAGCAAUAUGUAUAGAAAUACUCGUGUAAGACAUCUGUGUUCAGAUACAUUUUGUCUAAGGUUUUUACUCUAUUUUUGUACUCUUGCCAAUAAAAGUCUGCUUUUAUUGAAACCAAA